AUGGAGUCUCCGGAUCACGUGGUAGUGGUCUACCAGGUGUUGUUAAUUAAUGGACUUGAGGGUCAGCAGGUAGGCCAAGCGAGGCAUCCGCGAUUUCUUGAAGGCCAAUUCCCAAAAUGCUGGUCCUUCUCCUUUUCCUUUCGUCGUGUCCUUAGAGGACCUGCGUACGCCCGGCUCCUCCUUGGUGGUAACCUCUGGCAUUUCACAGGCCAUUUGGCAAGAGAUCAUCUCGCGGCACUCCUUCCCUCUGUGAAGGCUAAUCUAGAGAUUGCUCGAAAUAUCAAAUUAUUUUCAUCGAUGGAAAAGAAAAGCUAA